CUCCGGGCAACUUGAUGAGAGCUGUUUUGGUGAGAGCUCGCUGAGGAGCUGCGUUUGGCAUGGGCACUGGGGAUUACAUCUGUAUUACCGUGCGCGGUGGGGCUCCCUGGGGCUUCAGUCUACGGGACGGAGAUGGGGAUAGCUACCGAUACCUGCAGGUCUUUCAGGUAGAAGAGGGCGGGCGAGCAUGCCUAGCUGGCGUGAGCGAAGGGGAUGAGGUGGUGUCGCUAAAUGGAGAGCCCUGCGCUGACCUCACACUCCCAGAAGCCACUGCUCUUCUCGACGCCUCCACUGACUGUCUGCAGCUCCUGGUCAAAAGAUGCUGCUCCCCCACCAACCAAGAGUUACAGUCAGAGGAGACGUAUUUCAGAGAGACGGGCCCCUCCAGGGACACGUCAGAAAGCACCACCCUCCACAUCCUGUCACCUGGACGGGUCCACACCCCCAGGGAGCUCUACGUAACUGAGUCCCAGGAUGAGGCCUACCAUGGAGGGGCAGAGAGUGACACAGAGCUCACAGAGGGGACCCCACUGGUCCGCUCCCAGCUAUGCCUGCCUUCCUCAGGGGAGAGAAGCAGGUUAGAGUCCCUGGAGAGCAAGGGACAACCAGCCUCCUUGGGGGGCUUCUGUCCAGGGGAAAUGGUGGAGCUCCAGUUGUCCCUUUCCGAGCAAAGCCUGGAGGACCCGGUCUGCUCCUCGCUGGGGAGCGCUCGCGGCGUGGAAGGGGCCAUUCAGACCAGAGAGUCCGAGGCCCUCCACACCGCAACCCACUCUCUCUACAUCCCCUGCCCAGCCAGGGAGCCCCUCGGUCAGCAUGGGGUGGUACUCAGCCACCCCGCCCUGCUGGGCCAGGUGGAGGUCAUCCUGCAGCACCCAGCACCCGGUAGGGGCUGCCCAGCAACGCGGGGGGGAGCGGGUGACCUGGGGGCCGGGGGAAGUGUGGGAUCUGGGGGGGAAGGGGAAGAAGGAGGAGGGCACAGCGAGGAAGCUCCCGCCUCCUUCUGCGUCUCCUUCGGAAUCCCAUCAGAGGGGGGAACACCGGCAGAGGAGUGGGACUCGGACUCGGAGCUCAGCAAACCCAGCAAGCAUCGAGCCAAGCACGCUCGGUUUAGGCGCAGUGAGAGCCUGUCUGACAAGCAGGUAAAGGAAGCCAAGUCUAAAUGUAAGCGCAUUGCUCUUCUUCUGAAUGCUGCCGCGCCCAACCCCAACAACAAGGGGGUGUUGAUGUUCAAAAGGCAUCGGCAGAGGGCCAAGAAAUACACACUGGUCAGUUACGGCACCGGCGAGAGCGAGCCCGAGUACGAAGACGACGAAGAGGACACCCACACCGUCGAGUUUACCCUCGUGGCCACCAGCGAGUCCGAACUAGACGAGGACUUCUUCACCGAUGCCCAGAGUGGCGGGAGGGUGCUGACCUUUGACUGGGACAAGGGACUGCUCGGCAUCGAGCGCAAGCUCAACGACCCGGAGGAGAUGGAGCGUCUGCCCGAGACCAAGGGGAAGGGCGCCGUGAUGUUCGCCCAGCGCCGCGUGAGGAUGGACGAGAUAACCGCCGAGCACGAGGAGAUGAGACGCCAGGGCAUGCCUGUGGAGGGCAUCCAGGUGCAGAAGCAGGCCUCCUACCAGCAGCUGGAGGAACGGUCCUACAUGCAGUCCAACACGGAAAGCCAGGCCUACAUGGACGUGAACAUGCACCAGCAAAGCCAGCAGCAGUACCAGCAGUACUACGAGCAGCAGCAACAGUACCAGCAGCAGCAACAGUACCAGCAGCAGCAACAGUACCAGCAGCAACAGCAGCAGCAGCAGCAGCAGUACGAACAGCAGCAACAGCAGUACGAACAGCAGCAGCAGUACGAACAGCAGCAACUGCAGUACGAACAGCAGCAGCAACAAUAUCAGCAGACUCACAUGUACCAACAGCAGCUGGAGUGUCAGCAGCAGCAGCAGCAGCAGCACCAAAUGCAGCACUACUCGGCCACCACGAACGGUGUGGGCCACCAGCAGGCCAACGAUGUGCUGAACUCCCUCAGCAAUCGCACUGCCAAACCCUUCUCGGCCCAACAUCUGGCACCUGCUCAGUAUUCCCCCACAAUGACAAACCAAGAGGGCCAGGGAGAGCAGAUUGCUUCGCGUGACGAGCGCAUUUCAGUGCCAGCCAUUAAGACUGGGAUCCUGCAGGAACCAAGGCGGAGGAAUACAGUCAAGCCUAUGUUCUCGUUCAAAGACGCUCCCAAGAUGUCCCCAAACCCUGAGCUCUUGAACCUCCUGAACAGGAGUGAUAAGAAGUUGGGUUUCGAGUCAGGCCCUGAGGAGGACUACCUUAGUUUGGGAGCAGAGGCAUGCAACUUCCUCCAGUCCCCAAGAGUCAAACACAAGACUCCUCCGCCAGUGGCUCCCAAGCCAGUUAUUAACCCCAAUUCACCACCUUGGUCUCCACAGCUCGAAGAAGCCAACCAGGUCUUUCCUCAGAAUGCUGAAAAUACCAUGCCCGUACCGGUCGUAGGCUUCAUCGCAGCUCCUGCUCCUGCCUCGGAUCUCAAACCAGUUCUAGCACCUGCCCCAGAGUCUUCCUCCCCUCCUGCCCCACAGGAGGUUCCUCCUGAUCUCCCCUCCCAGGAAGAACACACAGCAAGUCCCCCUGAACCUCAGGACCAGCAGCAGCCCCAGCAGGUAUCAACAUGGGAAGGAAACGGCUCCACUUUUCAGGCUCAGCGUCUUUCCCAGCCCGAGCCUCUUCAAGGGAGUUCCUGGGCUCCGGCCCAAACACAGCUUGUACAGAGUCAGCCACCUGAGACUUCAUGGAAGCCUGUUGAAGUGAAGCCUCAGGUCUCAGCUCCAAGUCAGUCCUUGUCACAGCUCCCCUGGGUGACACCUCAACCUCUGCAGCCACAAUCUCAGCCUCAGUCAACCAUGAAUGCUUGGACACCAGCCCCAGUACCUCCAGCUCCAACAACUCUAGCACAGCAACAAGUUCAGCAAUCUUGGGCCCAACCUCAAGAACAACCAAAGCCCCUGCCACAGCAACCAUGGGCCCAGCCACAAGAACAAGCACAGCCCCAACCCCAACCACCCUGGGCCCAGCCACAAGAACAAGCACAGCCCCAACCCCAACCACCCUGGGCACAGCCACAAGAACAAGCACAGCCCCAACCCCAACCACCCUGGGCACAGCCACAAGAUCAAGCACAGCCCCAGCCCCAACCACCCUGGGCCCAGCCACGAGAACAAGCACAGCCCCAACCCCAACCACCCUGGGCACAGCCACAAGAACAAGCACAGCCCCAGCCCCAACCACCAUGGGCCCAGCCACAAGAACAAGCACAGCCCCAGCCCCAACCACCAUGGGCCCAGCCACAAGAACAAGCACAGCCCCAGCCCCAACCACCUUGGGUUCAGCAACCUCAAACAGAGCCCCAGCCACAACCCCCCUGGGCUCAGCCACCACAAAACCAGGCUCCACCACAGGCCUGGAACCAGGCCCAGGCCCAGCCCCAACCCCAGCCACCUUGGGUGUCAUCUCCUCAGCCUCAAAUGAAUGCCUGGACACAGCCACAGAACCCGGCCCAACCACAGCCUCCUUGGGUUCAACCAGCCCAAAUCCAACCUCCAACUCAGCAUUCCCCAAUGAAUGCAUGGGCUCCAGCACCAACCCAGGCCCAGCCACAGCCACCCUGGGUUCAGCAACCACCAGAACAACCACAAGCCGCAGUUAAUGCCUGGGCCCCCAAUCAGAAUCAAGCCCAGCCUCAGCCAUCUUGGUCUCAACCAACUCAAACUCAGUCCCCACCACAGCCCAUCUGGCAACAGGCUCCUCAACAGCCACCUAUGAAUGCAUGGGGCCCUGCUCAGGCACAACCUCAGACACCCGGCUGGACCCCACAACCCCAACAACCACCAGUAAAUACCCAGGUGCCAAUGGUUAACCAAAGAGUUGCUCAACCAUCUCCCAAACCAUGGAGUUCGCCACAGAGCGCUCCACGUCAAAUUACCCCUCCCCCACUGCGAACAAACUCGGAAAGGUCGUCUUCGCCCAUCAACCCAAUGGCCAGCGUCUUAACACCGAUAAGAGGAGGCUCGUCUUUCGAGAUGCCAGCCGUCAAGGGAAAAGGAGCCGAAUUGUUCGCCAAGAGGCAGUCUCGUAUGGAGAAGUUUGUCGUGGACAGUGAGACGGUGCAAGCAAACAAGGCAAGGCCAGCUUCUCCAGCUUCAUCCACACCAAGUUCAUGGAAAUACUCCCCCAAUAUCCGAGCACCUCCUCCAUUGUCGUACAACCCCAUCCAGUCCCCUUCGUAUCCACCAGGCGCAAUGAAGCAACCACCUCCAGCAAGCCCCUCAGCCAAAGCCAAGAAGGGAAAGGGGAAGGAUAAACCUGCCCCCAAACCUCUUGCUGUCAUAGAUGUCAUGAAGCAUAAGCCCUAUCAGCUUGAUUCCUCCCUGUUUACCUAUGGUCCAGCAGUGGAGGCCAAGCCCCCUGUGCCCAAACCUCCCCCUGCUCCUGCUCCUCCAGUCCAAAACCAGCAAAUCAGAUAUGAGCAAGCUGUCCCUGUCCAGCCGGCUGGACCAAUAAAUGCCCCUUAUCCCCAGCAGCCCCAGCCCCCUCAGCAGCCCUAUGGCAUGGCCCCUCAACCUCCCAUGUUAGGUGGCCAGUUUCACCAAGCCCUUCCUAACGCCUACCCACCAGUUUCUAAUAAUCCCUAUCAGCAAGCAGUCGGUAACCCAUACCAGCAAGCCUAUAACCCCCAUUAUCAGCAAGGUCCUCCGGCCGCUUUCCAAGCCCAAGGUCCAAACUCCCCCUACCAGCAGCUCCCACAAGCUCCUUACCAACCUACCCAUAGCCCCCCCUACCAAUCUCCCCAAAACCCUCCCUACCAAUCUGCUAACAGCCCCACUUACCAGGUACCUCCCACAGCACCCUAUAAGGGACCUCCUCCCAGCACCUAUGUGGUUCCUAGUUUCCCCGUAGCUGCAAGGCCUGAUUCUGUCUCUGGGAGCAGUUCUGCAGCGGCUCCAAAACCCAGAUUCACUGCUAAAAAAUGCUCCGCCCAAGUGUGGAAGCCUGGAGCGCCUGUCCAGACAGAAUGAUUUGGACACAGUAUCACUGAGUGCCUUCUCUCUGCUUGAAACAACAUGAAUCGAGAUGUUUGUAAAACAAGACGUGCACUAUUUAUUUUUGAACUUCACCUUUUCGAAAUCUUGCAAAUUUUUAGAUUGUAUACAUAUUUAAAUUUAUGAAAUCAUUAAAAAAAACCUCUAGGAGUAUAGGAGUUGAAAAUCCAAGUUCUAUAAAAAAAUUCCAUCUGCUGUGCACUUACUCUUGAUACCAUCAAGGCAUAAUAAACCGUAUAUUAUUAAAAUAUAAUAAUAAUAAUAAUAAUAUAUAUGAUCUAUAUUUUUUUAAAUACCAGUUAUAACUGAGCCAAAAUAUCAGACAAUAUUUUUGUUCAACUCUGAAAUGACAUGGACUUGUACAUCAGUGUGCAUCAGUGAAAGAACAUCAGAAUGUGGGGCAGAGAAAAGCCAGGUAGAAAUCAAAGCAAGGAAGAGAAAGUGAAUAUAUGUGAUAGGAAGAGAUUAAAAGGAAACACUAAUAUGUCAGAUCUUGAAUAUUAGUGUGCAACAAGUAAAGAGAAAAGACAACAUUUUAAAAAGAUUAGCAGUUUGUAUGAUUGCUAGAGGAAUUCAGUUGAAAAACUGUACAUUAAAGGGCAGGUUUUACAACUCUGCCAGUCAAUAUUAUUUUAUUAUUUAUGUUUUGAUAUAUUUAUGUUUUUAUGUAUAUUGAAAUUGGAUGGAAAUUGCCUAUAAUGGCAGAUGAUACACUGAUAAAUAUUGAGGAAUCAUGAAUCACAUCAUUAUGAUAUUUAGACAUUACAGCAUAAAUAAAUAUUUGUAAUGUAUUUUUUUUAUGUAAGUGCACAUAAUGAGUAUAUGUUUUGUUAGGGUCCUAUAUCUUAGAGAUGGGAAUGUACUUGGACACAUGUAAUCUUUUAGACUGUAGAUCCUGUCCGAUUUCCGUCAGUGUCUUCCAAUGACCCUACUUGAAUGGUUUGGUUUAUUUUAAAACUUUUUACCAGCUGUUGCAUCAUGUUCAGUCCCUAAAUAUAAACCUUCCGAUGUCACAGAUUGUAUGCGUGUUAGAGAGCGCUAGAGUAGUGCAAGUAUCCAUAGGCUUGUACUGCCUGCUGUAUGUUCCUGCUCACUGGCAAAGGCCAAUUUCUCUUUUCUCUGAAUAAUCCUUUUGCUCACUUUCCUGGUUUCAUCUCCACAUCUCUAUCUUUAGGUUUCUUUCAUUCUGCUUUAAUUUUACAUGUUACAAAAAUAAGUUUCAAACAAAAAUAUUCAGUACUACGAUUCAGUGAAGUUAAUGAAGAGGAAUCGGCUGUUCUGUUUAGGUGUAUAGUUAUUGGCGUGCUUUCCUUCUCAUGUUACCUUUUUUCAUUUUCUUUUGGGUGUUUCUCUUCCUAGUGCACUUUCAGUAUGUUUCGCCUCAGUGCCAUUAAAAUGUAUUUUAUCUCUG